GUACUGGAUAAGAAGCUCGUAUUCUGUUCGUCACUGGUCAUGCAUCUUAACAUUCUCAACCAGCCAACUUAAGGUGCAAAACGGUGUGCAGCUUAGAUCAAUCCAUGUCUGGUCCUUACACGACAACUAAAAACGCGCGUUGGGGAAUCUACACUCUCAUCUUAAAAAAUUCCUAAACAAAUUGACCUCCCGAAGAUCUCGUCUUGCAUUCGGAGUUUUUUUUUUUUUCUUUCAAUAUCUCAUGUAUUUCACUCCAAUUGCUGUUCUCUUCACUUUUCCCUCUCUAGCUCUUUCUCAGAAAAUUGACAAAUUCAGGUUCAAACUCAAGUUCUGAGGCCGAUCCAGAUUCUGGGUGGGUGAAAUUUGAUAGCUUUGUGUUCAUUCAAGAUCAAGUUUUGAGUUCCAUUCAUAUUCUGGGUGUGUGAAAUAAGAGAGAAAAGCAUUCAAUUUCGGGUUAUAAAGUGGUGUUUGGUUAUGGGUGCUAGUUUUUCCUCUUGUGUUUGUGAUGGUGAUGCUACCGCUUUAAGGCCAAGGCUUGGUGAUAUACCUGAGAGUUGUGUGGCACUGGUGUUGAUGUAUUUGGAUCCACCAGAUAUUUGCAAGCUAGCACGGUUAAACAGGGCAUUUCGUGAUGCUUCAUUAGCUGAUUUCAUUUGGGAAUCGAAGUUGCCUUUGAAUUAUAAGUUCAUCAUGGAAAAGGCUUUGAAGGAUACUUGUGUGGCAGAGUUGGGGAAGAGGGACAUUUAUGCAAGACUAUGUAGGCCUAAUUUGUUUGACAAUGAGACAAAGGAAAUUUGGCUUGAUAAGAGGACGGGUGGGGUUUGUUUGGCGAUUUCUUCCAAAGCGUUAAGGAUUACAGGGAUAGAUGAUCGGAGAUAUUGGAAUCGCAUUUCUACCGAAGAGUCAAGAUUCCAUACAAUUGCUUAUCUUCAACAAAUUUGGUGGCUUGAAGUGGAAGGAGAUAUUGAUUUCCAAUUUCCACCUGGAACAUACAGUGUGUUCUUCAGACUCCAGCUUGGAAGGUCAUCCAAGAGGUUGGGUAGGCGAGUUUGUAAGACUGAGGACAUUCAUGGAUGGAAUAUAAAACCUGUGAAAUUUCAGCUAACAACUUCUGAUGGACAGCAUGUUGUAUCCCAGAGUCAUUUGGAUAAUCCAGGGCACUGGAUUCUCUACCAUGCAGGGAACUUUGUUUCUAAGAAUCCUAAUGAUUUGAUGAAGAUCAAAUUUUCAUUGACUCAAAUUGAUUGCACUCAUACCAAAGGCGGUUUGUGUGUAGACUCUGUAUUUAUAUGCCAUAGUGAUGAUGUAAGAAAAGAGGUGUAGAAUGUUUUUGUAGGUAGGAAAUUUGUACAGUAAAAAAUGAGUGUUAGUUUUGUGAUUUGUGUUAUAGGGGAGUUAAGUAGAGGUUAAUCUUCCAAAUACGCCUCAGAGCAGAACUUCCCUUUAGAUAUUUUGUUUUUUUGAUAGUGAUCCCUUUAGUUGUUUUGUUUCUUUGUUAGGACAAUGUUUCCUUUAAUUAGGUUGUACACGUUUUAUUACCCCCUUUUGGUCAUAAUCUAUUUUACUCGUGUAUAUGUCCUCUGUUGUUGAUGUUGGGAACUGAUUUAUGUGUUUUCUCAAAGAAUGAAGUGAUUCAUGUGUAAUAAUUUUAGCUUGUAUGUAUGGUAGUUCAUCUUUUUUUGUGAUUUUCUUUUAUGAAGGAUUCUUGUACAUGGUACAAAGACUUUGCUGAGUUGUGAUGAUGAUGUAAUCUGAACGCUUGAACAUGCUUUUGAAAUACUAUAUUGUCAAUGUUCCUCUUCUCCUGCCACGUAGAUUUGUCUUCAUAGGACUUUGAUGUGGUUACAAGUGACUCUCAUCUAACCUCAUAAACUUAGUCAAAGUCGCAGUUUCAUUCUCGAGCGUUGUAUCAAUAUUUACAGUUUGCACAUACAUGUAAACAUAUUUCCUUUUCCUUUUUCUUCCUUUUUCUUUUUUCUGUUCAUUUUCUUUCUCAACCUGACCUUUAUGUUCUUCAUGACCCAGUGAGACGAGCAUUGUUAUAAGAAUUGUAAUUAGAUUGGAUUAGUUAUGUCCAAACUAAGCAAAAGUUUUUUAUUUGAAUUGGGUGUAAAAGCAAACCGAACCAAACCAAUUCAAUUAUGGUUGGGUUUGAGUUUUAAUCUUUCUAUUUAUUUUAAAUAUAUUUGUAAUCUCUUGUUCCUUAGGAGGAUUUUCAUCAUCAAAUGCAAUAACUUAAAGGUAUGUGAUUCGGAAU